UCUGACCAUGGAACGACAGAUCCAAGGCGAUCAUCCAAACCUGACACCAAUAGCUCCGACGACGGCCAGACUUGUGUCCGCAACCACGAAACAAACAGAACAACUUGAGAUCUUCGCUCAUUUUUUCACAUUCCAAGCAAAGCUUUGAGACACCAGCAUUAGCACCCACAGAGAAGAAAGAAAGAAGCAAAGCAAGCAACAUGGAGACCGCAGAGUACAUGAAGCAAUCCUCUCGUCUGAGCAACUAUGGACGCCCCCAAGUUGCCAUUUUGGACUUUGGGUCUCAGUAUUCGCACUUGAUUGCUCGUCGUGUGCGAGAACUGCACGUCUACUGUGAACUCUACUCGUGUCAGGUGGAUGCCAAGGAAUUGGAAGAACACGAGAUUAUUGCCAUUAUCCUGUCGGGUGGACCCAACUCGGUCUACGAAGAAGGAGCUCCCCAUGUCUCUCAGGGAGUGUGGGAUCUGAUCCAAAAGAAUUCCAUCCCCGUGCUGGGCAUUUGCUAUGGCAUGCAAGAAAUGGCCCAUGUCUUGGGGGGUGCCGUCGUUCCUGGACUCAAGCAUGAAUAUGGCAAAGCCAUUGCCCGACGCAGCGAGGGGUGCAAUUCCGUCCUCUUUGAAGACAUGCCGGAAGAAUUUCAAAUGUGGAUGUCUCAUGGAGAUAAACUUAGCAAAGUACCUGAUGGAUUCAAACCUGUUGCCGCCACGGACAAUUCCGAAUACGUUGCCAUUGAGAACCUGGAAACCAAAAUGUGGGGUCUUCAAUUCCACCCGGAAGUCACCCAUUCACCCCUGGGAAAGGUCGUAUUGAAAAACUUUGUGGUCGGCGUGGCCGGUGCCAAACAGGAUUGGGUCAUGACGGAUUAUGCCCAAGAAUUCAUUGAUCGGGUCGUCCAACAAGUGGGCCCCAAGGGACAUGUCAUUGGUGCCGUCAGUGGAGGAGUCGAUUCCACCGUUGCCGCCGUCUUGAUGACCCGCGCCAUUGGACCACGAUUUCAUGCCGUAUUGGUCGAUAAUGGAUGUCUCCGAAAGGACGAAGCCACCAAGGUAUUGAAGCGCAUGAAAGAAGAUUGCAAAGUCAAUCUCAAGUGUGUCGAUGCAUCGGACCGAUUCCUGUCCAAACUAAAGGGAGUGACAGAUCCCGAGCAAAAACGAAAGAUUAUUGGGACUACUUUUAUUGAUGUAUUCCAGGAAGAAGCAACCAAGAUUGAGGAAGAAGUCAAACAUGAAGGUGGAUCCUGUGAUUGGUUGCUUCAGGGGACUCUGUACCCUGAUGUCAUUGAGAGCAUCAGUUACAAGGGACCCUCGGCGACAAUCAAGACGCACCACAAUGUCGGUGGACUACCAGCAACCAUGAAAUUGAAGUUGAUCGAACCAUUGCGGGAACUCUUCAAAGAUGAGGUAAGAGAACUGGGAAUGGCACUUGGAAUUGACGAAAUGAGUGUGUGGAGGCAUCCCUUCCCCGGUCCUGGACUUGCCAUUCGAAUCUUGGGAGAAGUGACACCCGAACGCGUCAAAAUGCUGCAGGAAGCAGACGAUAUUGUCAUUGGAGAGCUGUGGAAGUCGGGCCAUUAUCGAAAGAUUGGCCAAGCUUUUGUGGUCUUGUUGCCGGUCAAGUCCGUGGGAGUCAUGGGAGAUGGCAGGACCUACGAGUUUGUGGCAUCGGUACGAUGUGUGGAGACCACUGACUACAUGACUGCAGACUUUUACCAUUUACCCUACGAAGUCAUGGGAACCAUGUCCAGCCGUGUCAUCAACGAAGUUAGAGGUAUCAAUCGUCUGUGCUAUGACAUCAGCUCCAAGCCACCCUCCACAAUUGAAUGGGAGUGAGUGAGCGCGUCUCGACUGCCCAUCCCGGCUGAAGAUAGCCCAAGAUCCAAUUUACGUUGCAGUAACCCCCAAGUUGUAGUCAAAUUUUGUUGCGUCCGCCUGGUAGUCUCGACCGGUCUGUGGCAACCACUCGCAUUUAUGUGCUUGUCGUCUG